AUGUCAUUCGGCUUUUCAGUCGGCGAUAUCAUUCUCUGCUCUCAAAUCGCCUAUCGCUUGUUCUCGUCCGUCACGGAUGGGCGUAAAAAGGCGUCUCGCGACUUGAAAGAGCUUGAAGAUACUCUAUUCGGCCUUUACUGUGCUCUCAAUCACCUCAAACGAGAUCAUGAACUCAUUUUGGCAAAGGCCUCCACGAAACCCGGGGAUAAUACAGGGCAGGUGCAUGUGCAGCUGGGCUACAUGAUCAAGUCCUGUCUUGAAACAUUAGAAGAACUCGAUAAUGCCACAAGAGAGUACCGUGAAGCAGCAACGAAGUUUGCACGUCCUGAGAUCGGAAAUCAGUUCGGUAUCAUGGGACAAUCAUCGUCCAAACCGGCCAAGAAGCCGUUGAAGGUUCAGUGGAAGAGAGUGCUAUGGGAUCUACGCGGCGAAUCCUUGAGUAAAUAUCGGACUAAGCUGCAGUCACACACCGAUGCUAUCAACCUGCUCCUGAGUACCUCUAUCUGGCUAGAUGAAAUUCUGCAAGAAGCAUCUCAGUUCAAUAAUAAUGUGUUUCAACUAGUGCAAGCACUAUAUGCCAGCAUUACCAUAUCACAGCCUCCCCCCGCCUUCGGCUCGCAUGGUUUGAUGCAUUCUGUUAGACCGCAGACAUAUGGACCAAUAGCUCCACCAGAUUCGGGUCAAGGUCCAGCGAUUGAAUCUGAAUCUGGAGGCAUCAUUCCUGGGUCCAAAGAAAUACCUGAUCCUACGCCCCAAGGUCUCAUUGCACUGCCUUUACGGCCAGGAGCGGGAUAUCAGAAAGCGAAACCCCCAGUGUUGGAACACACAAUAUGGCAAAGUGGGCAAUACUUCAAACUACCAGAGAGCAUUCAAGCCAUCAAUGAGUCUCGGAGGAUAGUGGGCAAGACGGAAUUUGAAGAGCGUCAACGUCAGCUCGCCUCCGUGCAGAUGGACCACCGGCUACCUGUGCCGCAUGCUUCUCCGCCAAGUAGGGGUGCUCCCGCAGUUGACAAAAUGAGCCGCCAGCUUGAGAAUAUCUUCAAGACUUUGAAUGUGCCGGAAAUUGAUAGGAUGACAACAAAUGAUGACUUACAGACUGACAUCGUCGCCUGGAUGUCCAAACUUGAGCAUCUAUUAGAGGACUUGCAUGUAUCACCGCCCAACUUCGACAAGCAAGAGAGGAACAUAAUAAUAGGGGAGCUGUCCCAGCUACUUGUUACUUUGAAUCGCCUUAUUGAAGACAGUCAGGUUGGGAAUCGAGGGGUUUUCUAUAAUGCCUGUGGGUCUCGAAUUGACCAUGUCUUUAUGCAACUGAGAUCUUUAUCAACCUUCUGUGAAAAGGAGAUUGAAGAGUUCGAGGACGAGCGAGAUGACUGGAAGGAUGAUGAAUAG